GCCCUCCCGCCUCGUCCGCUCCGCGCCCGCCCCCCCAACCUGCUUCCUGCCCGAGGGAACGGGCCGAGCCCAAUAAGGGCGGCGCCAAUUGGCUGGGAGAAAGACCCCCCGCUCGCACCAGGCAAUAGGCGCGCGGGACACUGCGCCGCGCCUGAAGCCAGACGGAGGUCCCCUCAAGCCAAACACCAGCUCCGCCAGCGCCGGGCCCCGGCCGGAGCCCCGGCCGGGAGCAGCAGGAGGGCUGGCUGUAGCGUGGGGCUGGGGGACAGCUUUCGGCUCCGUCCUCGGCCCCGCGGCCCGCCGAGCACAAUGUUCCUGGUUGGAAUCUCGGGUGGAAUCGCGUCGGGGAAGAGUACGGUGGUGGCCGUACUCCGGGAACUGGGCUGUGCCGUGAUUGAUGCCGAUGUUAUUGCCAGAGAGGUGGUGCAGCCCAACUUCAAGGCCUAUCGGCAGAUAGUGCAUUACUUUGGCACCAAGAUCCUUUUGCAGAAUGGAGAGAUAAAUCGUGAGGCUCUAGGAAACAUUAUCUUCUUCCACCCGGAGAAACAGCAGCUGCUGAACUCCAUCACCCACCCGGAGAUCCAGAAGGAGAUACUGAAGCAGAUCUUGAAGUACUUUUUGCUAGGCUACCGCUAUGUGAUCCUCGACAUCCCUCUGCUCUUCGAGAACAGAAGAUUCACCAAGUUUAUGAAAUACACAGUCUUGGUUUACUGCGACCCACCGAUGCAGCGCGCUCGGCUGAUGAAGAGGAACGGGCUGUCCCGGGCGGAGGCAGAAGCUCGCAUCGCCUCCCAGCUGCCGCUGGAUGAGAAGCGUAAAUUAGCAAGUUGCGUCAUUGACAACUCCGGGGACUGGGAGAGCACGCGCCAGCAGGUCCUGAAGCUGCACGCUCGCCUGGAGGAUUCCCUGGAUUUCCUCUGGGCACGGCUGGCGGUGGGCACAGUUGUAGCUGGGCUUGGAGGGGUGGUGUACCUCCUCCUCUGGCAUUUCAUCUCUUAAUUCACCUUUUCUUUUUGUCAUGGAAGAGGUCUGAAUUUCCAGGUUUGAAAAGGGCAGUGAAAGGCCACCUCUUUUAAUGAGCUUUGCCAGCUGAAUGCAGACAGUGGGAUGAGGCGUCUCCUUGCAGACUUCCCAAGGUGAACGGAGAGGGUUUUUUUUCCGGCACCAUCUCCUUUCUUCCUGCUCAGGUUCUUACCUGCCAGCUGUGCCUGUGGGAUGGGACCGCUCCCCUUUCAUGGCUCAUGGAGGGGAUGAAGCCCUCGUUAUCCCCCCGUGGAUCUGUACAGUGGGACUUGAGUGAAUUUAAGCACUUUAAUGUCUUCUUCACUGGGGGAGUAGGUGGCCUCUCAGGUCCUGUUCCUGCUAGCAGGUGACCCUGGGUUGAUCCCCUCCUAGCUCCCAGCCCCAGCUAAUCAGAAUGUAGACGUGGGAUUUCCCCUUCUUUCAUGUCGAUUUAAUGGAAGCAUAUUAAAUCUUCCUGGAGGGGAAAGACAGCACCUCAUUUCACAUGGGUUAGGUGUUCCGCUGCCCUCUAUUUCUGCCUGUGGGUCACCCUUUGUUUUGGAUCUGAGGGUCUGAUACAUCCCGGGAGCAGGCUGAGACCGAGGACCUGCCUUGUUGAAAUGCAUUUACUGCUGUUUGAGCUUUCCUUUGGCGGCAGUUUCCCUGCGGGAGGGUAUGAGUCUGGGCAAAGCGGGUGCUGGUUCUUCACGUUUAUUUUAAUAAUGUGUUAAACAGCAGCCGGUUCCCCAUGGCUCUGCAACCUGUGGGCUGCCGGCGCUGCUCUUUCCUGGCCCGCUCCCAGGUCGUUCCUAUGCCGGGGCACGGCUGCGCUCUGUAAAGUUCACCGCGCACAAACGAU